AUGCACGCACGAGUACCACGACAUCUGCUUGCACGCACACGUGCACAUGCUGCCACUGCCCUGCCUCGAGCUGCCGUCUCCAUCCCCCGACCCUCUCCUCCGUCAUCAGCACCCCGGCAUCUCGUGCAACCCAGUCCGGCGCACUGGCGAGGAGUGACAACGGCCUCCCGAACGGUCUACACGACCGGCGGAUCCUGCCCAAAGUGCGGCACGCCUCUCCCGCAAACCCUCACGCCGGUCUGCCCGAAAUGCUCCUCCCUCCUCCCGCCUCCCCCGCCUUCCGCAACCUACUUUGCCCUGUUCGACCUCGAGCCGACCUUCGACAUCGACACCAAGGCGCUCAAGCGGACGUUCCUCCAGAUGCAGCAGAAGGUCCACCCAGACGUGUUCUCUGGAAAGGGAGAGGUCGAGGACUGGGCAAAGGCGUGGAGCGGGCGGGUGAACGAUGCGUACAAGGCGUUGACGAACGAGCGGGAGCGGGGGGAGUAUCUGCUAUCCCUCCACGACGUGACUAUCGGCGAGGCCGACCCGGUGACGGACCCAGAACUGCUCAUGACAAUCAUGGAGACGCGCGAAGAGCUGGAGGAGGCAGAGACGGAGGAGGCUGUUGUUGCCCUGCGUGAGCGGAAUCAAGAAUCGACCAAAUCCGUCAUCGCCUCCCUCUCGUCCGCCUUCUCCUCCUCACCUCCCGACCUCGAAGCAGCGCGCAAUCUUGUCAUCGAGCUCAAGUACCUGAACAACAUCGACCAGGUAUGCAGGGAGUGGCAGCCGGGAAAGAGGCUCGAGUUGCAGCAUUGA